ACGAUCAGUAUCUUGGCAUGGUUAAUCAGUCUUGGUUCAAAAUUGGCGAAAUGUAGCUCGGCCGUGCGGUUUGCAGGUCUCAACUAACUAGCAUCAUUUCAAAACGCCAAUAAAACUUAUUUCGGCUUUCGGGACUGUAUUAGGUUUACCUCGCUGAUAUGUACAGAGUGUGUAUGCAAACGUGAUUAAUAAGUGUUGUUGAUUAGUACACAAAUGCAUUGUGCUGUGAAUUAUGCGGUGUAGAAAAUGACACAAUUGAAAAACGAAUGAAUGCAACAAGCAGAGAGUUCUUUGGUUAAGCGGUCAACAAUUCGUUUCCUCAAAGUGCACAGGAUAUGGGUGAUCUGAUUAUUUCAUUGAGUCACUUUUUUUGUGUACCAUGGAUGCUGUAAUUCAUGGCCAUUCACAUUGUAGUGCUCUGUAUCAUUGAUUAACUUCAUUCAUAAAGCAGAGCAUUUCUGGUUAUCAAAAAUAUAUACCUCGCGUGUAGAACGAUGAAAACAGUUAAGUUAAUCGUAUUCACACUACCGCAAGCACGUUGCUAGUCCUGCAGUAUCAAGCUGUUCAUCGAAACCAGUUUCAUAUUCACUUGCUUAAGUACGGAGGAAAGAUGCCGGUUAAUAAUGUAUGAGAUCAUAGGAAUAACAGAACCUCUUAGCUUCUACCUAAUUGUAUGCUAAUAAUUGGUAUACAUCUAAGUGCCUUGCAAUCUACGGAUAUAAAAAUAGAUCAUCGAGCAAUACGAGGCCUUAAACACGAAAGCGACAACAGCUUACGUAAUCCAAAAAGCGACAUGGGUCUUACACAGAUAGAGAAUAUAGUACCGGGAGCCAGAUGGCUUCGUGGAUACAAUGCACAAUAUGCAGUGGCUGACCUAAUCGCGGGAAUUACCGUGGGUCUUACCGUGUUACCACAGGGAUUGGCUUACGCUACGCUAGCGGGGUUGGAGCCUCAGUAUGGCCUAUACUCGGCCUUUGUCGGUGGUUUAGUAUAUGCGCUGUUGGGUGGAUGCCGCGAGGUGACGAUCGGACCAACGGCACUGCUAGCGUUGAUGACCAGUCGGCAUACCGGAUACGGUGGCGACUCUGGACCACAGUUUGCAAUUCUGCUAUGCUUUCUUGCUGGAAUCGUUGAACUGCUGAUGGCGGUUCUUAGGCUUGGGGCUUUGGUGGAUCUGAUAUCAUUGCCUGUGACGGUUGGAUUCACGUCGGCUACAGCUCUCAUCAUAGGGGCGUCACAACUGAAAGCUCUUCUAGGAAUUCGAGGGGGAUCCGGUGCGGGAUUUGCUGAUACCAUCCAAACCGUUUUCCAGAACAUCGGAAGUGCUCGUAUGGCGGACACUGUGUUGGGAUUUACAUCAAUAGCAGUUUUGCUAGCCUUAAGAAAACUCAAAGAUGUUAAAACAUCUCCGGAAGCAGGCCAAGGACGGAAAGCCUUCGGUGUCGCGUGUUGGCUGAUUGCGACGGCAAGAAAUGCCAUUUUGGUGCUAGUCACCAGUCUAAUGGCUUUCUAUUUCGACCGGCAGGGCGAAAAGCCUUUUGUACUGACCGGUACUGUGCGGAGUGGUAUUCCUGGUUUUAGCAUACCACCUUUUUCCACACAAAUUCCAGGUGCCAACAACACUACAAUCGAGCUUAGUUUUGCUGAUAUGACGACCGAACUUGGUGUGAACGUCAUCUUGGUUCCGGUGAUCGCGGUAUUAGGUAACGUGGCGAUCUCUAAGGCGUUCGGCGGUAGUGGGAUCAAUCCAACGAAGGAGCUGAUUGCUUUAUCACUAAGCAACAUUUGCGGUUCAUUCUUUAGUUCGAUUCCUGUUACGGGAUCAUUCUCCAGAAGUGCCGUAAACCAUGCUAGCGGGGUAAAAACUCCGAUUGGCGGAAUUUAUACUGGUGCUCUUGUGUUGCUUGCUCUUGGACUUCUAACGCCAUAUUUCCAGUUCAUACCGAAAGCAGCGCUUAGUGCGGUCAUCAUAUCCGCAGUAAUAUUCAUGAUUGAAUAUGAAGUGAUUCGACCGCUUUGGAGGUGUAAUAAACGAGAGUUGGUACCAGGAGCUAUCACGUUUGUGCUGAGUCUUAUAGUUGGUGUUGAACUGGGGCUAUUAGCCGGUGUAUUAGCAGAUUUGUCGUUCGUAGUAUAUCGCACUGCCCGACCGAUUCUAGGCGUAGAAGUCGCCUCCACAUCUUCAAAUAUCCAAUACAUCAUCAUCCGUCCACGACACAGUCUUCUCUAUUUUCCCGCCGUGGAGUGGGUUCGAAAUGGAAUAUCCAAAGCAAUUAAAAAGCAUGGUAGCAUUCCAGUUGUGCUGGAUUGUCGAAUAGUUCAUGAAUUCGAUUAUACUGCGGCUAUCGGUCUCGGUGCACUGAACGAAGAACUAGAUGCCAAAAAAAUUCCCCUGCUGGUAUUGGGGCCAUCUGAAGGAAUUCGCAUAAUGUUACGCGAAACGCUGAAGAGUACUAUCUUGGAAGUAAACACUGAGCAGGACUUGGAAGCUGCACUACAAGAUUUAAAAUGUGAGAUUAGCAAACGUGAACUGCGUGAAGUUGUGACACCUUUGUUAUCUCCAACGACGGACAGUCAACCGACCACGAGAGCAACCGUAGAUGAAUGACGACGUCUAAUUACAUUACCAUGUUUUCAGGAAUGUGAUUUCUCAUAUCUCUUAUUUUUUCAAAUUAAUACAAAACUAAAAAUCUCAGUGUGGUAUCUGUUAGAAUUAUAUAUGUUCCUGCCUAGCAUAUUUUAUUAUAUAUAUUAUAUACACUGUAGUAAGAA